CAACAAGAGAUGGCGUUUUUUUCAGUUAUACAAAUGGGUUGUAAAUGUGUGCAGUACAUGAUGAAAUCAUAUUCAAUCUGAUUUACCAUUAUAAUCUUACGACGUUUUACGGAAGUGAAAUUUUCCUUUAAAUACUCCUACAAUUUUGUGUCUUAAUUUAAAUUGUGCAUUAACCAUGAAUUCAUUAGAAACCGAUGAUCAACUAACAAUCGUUAAUCGAUCAAUGAGACAUCUUAUUAGUAAAAAACUAAUUCGUAAAGUGCCUUAUUUUGAAAAGUUGUUAAGCCAUGAUUUAUUGGAAUCAAAGGAAAACAAAGUUGUAUUGGAUUUUGAUGAACGAGCUUUCAAAAUGUUUCUAAAUUGGAUUGAAUCCGAUUAUAUGUUAAUCCAAAUGCCAUAUGUAAUUUACCUAUGCAACAUACUUGAUUAUUUUGGUUUGGACAAUAAUCUGAUUGACGAUUACACUACUUAUUUUCAUGAUAAUUUUUCAACCAGACACCUUCCAGCUGUGAUUCCACAAGUGACUCCAACAUCUAAAUGUAUCAACUCUGGUGCUCUCAAUGCUUUCAUCUGUCGCCAUUUCUUGAAGAUAGUAGGCACAAAGGUUUGGUUAAACUAUCCUAUUGAAACCAUUGAGUAUAUUUGUGCUUUGGAUCUAAUGGUUCAUUCAGAAAUGCAAGUUUUCAAUGCGAUCAUGAAAUGGGUCAAUUUCAAGCCUGAUUCCAGAAAAGAUUAUCUUAAAAAAUUAUUAAAAUUAAUCCGAUGGUGCCAUUUGGAUGAUAAAGAUUUGUAUGAAAUAAAGGAAAAUGAUUUAAUCAAAUCAGCCAACGUAUUUUGCACACCUGUUGAAGGCAAUGGUUAUUGCACCAUCAACCGAAUCGAUCAAUAUUAUUUUGUUUUGGUUGAGGAAUUGGAUGGUACAGAUUUGGAAAUCAAAGUGCUUGACAGGAAUUUUAUGUCAUUUAUCAAACAAGUCAUUAAGCUAGAUGUAUCAUUGCCUUUGAAUCUUCUUCACAAUGAACAUGUUUCUGAUAUAGUCUUUGAUUCGGGAAGGCAGAUGAUUCGUGUUGAUUGGAAUCAAAAUAAGUAUCGUUUGAUUGAUUUGAUAGACUAUAAAUCUCAUCAUUAUAAAAUCCAUAAAUGUAUUCUUGAAAAGAACGAUGAAAAAUGCUAUAAUUUGGAAUCAGAUUCUAGAUUGGAUUACACACGUGUCAAAGGUUCACUUCUCGAAUUCAGUGAAAGUUUUUUUUUAAUAGCUGAUAAGUUCAUAAGAUAUACUGGUCCAAUGCAAGAUUUGAAUUACUGUUGUUGGACAACACCAACUGUUGAAACCAUUGAGAAUUGCUUACAAAAUUCUGACAGAAAUGGUCUGGUAACCGUUUUGGAUAGUAAUAUUUACAUUAUGAACACCCGUUAUGAAUUAAUCAAGUUCAAUAUUGACAGUCAAGAGAUCAAGAGAUUCACAAAUAAAAUUAAUUUGGGCUCGGGUGAUCUAAUUUUAACUUCCAUGCCAGUUCAUGAUGAUAAAGUUUUUUUGAUCGACAGAUACAAAAAAGUUGUUGAGUGUUUCAAUGUCAACGAUGAAGAAUGGACUCCAUUUGGUCUUAUGUCUAAUAACUGUAGCUCUACUGGUGAUCAAAGGAAGUCCAAUAAGAUGGUAGCUUUUACAUCAACCUUUUUAUGGAGUAAAAUCAGAUCUUACAUUAGCCGUGAACGCAAAUUAGUGGAAUAACUACUAUUUCGUUGCUAUUAAAAAAUAACUAAACUGAACGAAUUCAAUUCAAGCAUCUUCUGGUACAUAGAAGAUCUUAUUUUUAUUAAACUCAUCUUUUUCACGAAUAAAAAAUCAAUCAUAUUGCAA